AUGGAAGACGUAUUAUCCCGAGCCUGGGCCCAUGUAAAAUGGGAGGAAGACGUCGCAAGCCGCGCUAGGACUCAGCAAAAACAAGCAACCAGGCAAGACCGGAGUGAUCGAGACAAGAGGACCUCCCAGAAACCCACGAAAAACCAAGGGGGAAGAAACUGGGGCAGGUACAUGAGCCGUCCACUCGAGAGAGUGGAAGGGAUGUCGGUGUCUACCUGGCCAGAUAUCUCACACUUUUCUGUAUCCCAACCAGAGCUAAUCAACGCCCUAAGGAAGAUGGGUCAACUGACGGAGGAUUGCGUCGCACUGAAGAUCGAAGUCAACGAAUUACUCCAGAAGGGAUACAUUCGGGAGUUCCUAUCAGAAAAGGCGAAGAACCUCCUAAGCAAGGAGACACCCAUGAAAUCUGCUGAAACCAAGCCCGCGUCACCACCUCGACAGGAUCGAGUGAUUCAUGUCAUAUCCGGAGGUUUGGAGAUAAGCGGCAUAAGCCAUGCAGCCGCAAAGAAGAGCACGCGAAACGCCAAACUUGGCCUGGAGACGUCCAAAUCAAAACGGCUACUCUUGGGAUCAGACGAAAUAGGCUUAAUGGCAAAGGAACAAGAGAAGGUCCUAGCUCCCCAUCAUGACGCUCUGGUGGUAUCGCUUACCGCAGCAAACUGCUUGGUAAAGAGGAUCCUAGUAGAUAACGGAAGCUCCAACAACAUCAUCUUCCAGACCGCCUAUCAGGACCUGGGAUUGGACGAGAGUGUCUUAACUAGGAGGAUAACCCCACUCGUGGGAUUCAGCGGAUAG